AUGCAGACUGCUUCUACAAACAUUUGUGAGAGAAUGGGUCGCUCUCAGGAGCUCAGUGAAUUCAAGCGUGGUACCGUGAUAGGGUGCCACCUGUGCAGUAAGUCCAUCCGUGAAUUUUCCUUGCUACUAAAUAUAUUCCACGGUCAACUGUUAGUGGAAUUAUAACAAAGUGUAAGUAACUGGGAACAACAGCCACAUAAAAUGACAGAGUGGGGUCAGUGCAUGCUGAAGUGCACAGAAGUCACCAACUGUCUGCAGAGUAAAUGGCUAAAGACCUCCACACUUUGUUUCCAGUGAAGGGAACUCUUAAGGGAGUCAGCAUAGCAAGACAUUGUGGACAAUUCCAUG